CAUGACUACCACAGUUCAACAAGCCUUUCGACCUUUUUUUAUUACGUGCUUUAUUAUCGGUUUAUGUGUCUAUCCAUUAACUAGUCCAAAAUCUGGGGUUGUAUAUCUAAGCAUUCUGUAUUCUGCGGCAGUGUGGUUUUUAAAUGGCUAUCUUUUGUACUAUACGGUGAGGUCUCUUUCAUUUGAAAAAUUAUUUCCCCAUACCAUUACGUUAAUCGUUUUGGAAGUUACCAUCAUUACGACAAUUACAUCUGUGAUUUUUAACAUAUAUUACAACAAGAGACUUCAAAUGUGUAUGAAGAGACUAACUGCAGUGGAUGAUUCUUUGAAAGAACUAGGUAGUCCAAAAAUGUAUGAAAAAGUGCAUAUGUUGUCAAAACGAAUAGCAAUUGGGUGGACUGUGUGGUGCUUUGCUCUGAAUUUUAACGACACCACAUCAUGGCUGGUAUUUCUGAAAGAAAUAACUACUUCAUGGGCAUUUAUUGUAGCUCAUGUAUUUAAUUUUUGUAUUAAUGCUAGUACACUUAUAAACUCAGUGUUCAUCACUUUCUUAUG